AGUCGGCCCAUUUACUAGUAUUGACCCUGCAAAAACCAAACUACAUGCCUUAGUAAUCACUCGCCACUAUCAUCCUGGUUAUCAUCUAUGCUUUUGAAGCAUGUGAGCCAACGUCAACAGAGUUGUUGCAUAGGUAGAAGAGGGUUGUCUCCCUGUUUCAGAAAGGUGGUAUAAAAGACAAGAGCACACAUUCUCAUCCUUCAGUAGACUCGUCAUUCAUUCUACUGACGCUAUAGCUCAGGAAUAGAACUAGUGGAGGUUGCAGUGUGCUCCUUCAGAACCAUGUCGUCAGGCGAACCCAGAGACAAGAAAAUUAAGAAAACCCCAGAGAGGAACACUCCCAAGAGGAACACUCACAAGAGGAACACUCCCAAGAGGAUCACUCCCAAGAGGAAAAUUCCACCGAGGAAAACCCUGACCAAACUCAGCCCUAAUUCUCUGUUCGGGAUGGGGAACCCCCUUCUGGACAUCUCAGCUGUUGUGGACCAGGACUUCCUGGAGAAGUACGGUUUGAAGGCAAACGACCAGAUUCUGGCGGAGGACAAGCACAAAGCAUUGUUUGAAGAGAUUUUCAAGUUUAAAGUAGAGUAUCAUGCCGGAGGAUCUACUCAGAACUCUAUAAAGGUCGCCCAGUGGAUGAUCCAGGAGCCCCACAUGGUGUGUACAUUCUUCGGCUGUAUCGGGAAGGACAAGUUUGGGGAGAUUUUGAAGCAGAAGGCAGUGGAGGUCCACGUGGACGCCCGCUACUAUGAGCAGACAGAAGAGCCUACAGGCACCUGCGCCGUGUGCAUCACCGGGGACAACAGGUCUAUGGUGGCUAAUCUCGCAGCCGCUAACUAUUAUAAGAAGGACGAACAUCUGGACUUGAAGGAGAACUGGAAACUGGUGGAGAAAGCCAAGGUCUUUUAUAUCGCCGGCUUCUUCCUGACGGUGUCUCUGGAGUCCAUCCUGAAAGUAGCCAAACACGCAUCUGAGAACAACAAGCUGUUCACUCUGAACCUCUCCGCUCCCUUCAUCUGCCAGUACUUCAAAGAUGCCCUCAUGGAGGUCAUGCCCUACGUAGACGUGCUGUUCGGCAAUGAGACGGAGGCCGCCACGUUUUCAAAAGAGCAAGGCUUUGAGACAGAGGACAUUAAGGAGAUUGCUAAGAAGGCCCAGACUCUGCCCAGAGUCAACAAGAAGAGGCCGAGAAUCGUCGUCUUUACUCAGGGGAAGGACGAAACCAUCAUGACCAAAGGAGGUGACAAGCUGGAAACGUUCAAAGUUCUGCAGAUUGAGCAGAAGGACAUUGUGGACACUAAUGGAGCCGGAGAUGCCUUUGUAGGAGGAUUCCUGUCAGAGUUGGUCCAGGAUAAGACAUUGGAACAGUGUGUGAAAGCAGGACACUACGCUGCCAACGUCACCAUCAGACAAACAGGGUGCACCUUCCCUCACAAACCAGACUUCCACUGAUGACCUUUAACCUCUGACCCCUAAGCGAUCCACCCUGACCCUCAUCAUCCCAACUAACCGAACCAGGGCCCCCCCCCGUCCCUUUUUUUAUAAUCAUCCAUCCAUGCUUUCAUCCAAUCCAAUCCAUCCAUCCAUUCAUGCUUUCAUCCCUCCUUCACUUGACUUUCUGCAACCAGACUUCUGUGCCUGUUCUUCUUGUCCUUCACUAGGUGGCUUGGGCCACACCCAAUCUGUUUAUACUGACGUUCUACUGCCUCCAUUAGUGACUCGGCUCAAGUCAACUGCCGUUUGUAGACUCAGUCAGCCUGAUGGCACUUACUUAAUGCUUCCUGAUUCACAGUUAAAGAGAUGCUAUAAAGGCUUUGUAUCGUUUCAGACUGUAGUUUUCAAAACGGGUCCCUGAAAAUUGUGCACAAUUGUGUACAACGUCACCCAUUUCGUGUGAUAUGUUACGUCUUGAAUUUUCAUUCUGCAAUUCAUAUGGUACGUUACGAAUUUGUAAGUGUUUAAGAUCCCGUUUAAUCUCUUCAACUGUACUAAAGCCUCUCAGUUAGGUGUCAUGUUUACGCACAUAGCAGGUUGCUGUUGGAAACAGACCGUUGUCCGGUCUUCUCCAUGGGGACCGAGCCAAAGCCAAGUUAGUGAGUCAGGUUAGGGAACGGGUUAGGGACACGGUUAAGGUUGGUUAGGGAUGGGUGGAAUACUGUCAUUUGACAGAGGAGGUUUCUGUUGAGAAGGUGGAAGAUAAUGUCUAGUGAAGCAGCUCGAUGUAGAUAGUAGAGACCGAAUGCCACUGUUUUUAUAUGAAUAUCAAAUAAUUUCCCGGGUAACAAAUACGUACCUUACUAGCUCGGUUUCCAUCCCAAUUGGUGGCAGAUUUUCAUGUGAAUAUUCUGCAGCAUAAAGACAAUAUGAUCACUUCCCCACCAGAAUGACUUGUUGAGGACAAAAAUCAGUGCGUGAUGACAUAGGACCAGGGUUGGGAAACACUGCACUUCAGUACCAGACCUGUCUACUGUUGGGGUACUGGAGGACUGGACCUGUCUACUGUUGGGGUACUGGAGGACUGGACCUGUCUACUGUUGGGGCUACUGGAGGACUGGACCUGUCUACUGUUGGGGCUACUGGAGGACUGGACCUGUCUACUGUUGGGGCUACUGGAGGACUGGUCCUGUCUACUGUUGGGGCUACUGGAGGACUGGACCUGUCUACUGUUGGGGCUACUGGAGGACUGGUCCUGUCUACUGUUGGGGCUA